AUGGACGAGAUACUAAAACAGAUGGCGCUGGCGAUGGAGCAGGCGCAGCUGGUGGUUUCCGCCGUCGAAAUCGACCAGGACACACCCGAGUUCGUCCGGGAUAUCCUCGAUAAAACCGGUAAAACCGAAGCCGAAGGGGUAUCGCUUUUGCUGUUAAAGAACCAGGUGGUUCUAGGCUACGUGUCCAACGCCGUGCUCGCGGUGCUUGAGCACUUACAGCGGCUCGAUGGCGCCAGCUACGACGCGGCGCCCGUCGAGCGCACCGUCGUCCAGCGAGUGGCGAUGGAAAAGGGGGUGCGCCCGUUGGAGAAGAAGUUGGCUUACCAGCUUGAUAAGAUGCUUAGAACCUAUACCCGAGAACAUCAACGAGUGGUCGAGCGCCAGCAGCGCGCUCAGGACGCGGCUGAGGGCGACGCCACCACCGGUAAGGGUAGUGAUGUUGAAAGUGAUGGUAGCGACGCGGCGCUGGAUUCCGAGUCCGAGGACGAGCUCAAUUUCAAGCCCGACACUUCCGCCACUUCCGGCGCCGGCAAGGCCGGGACCACAUCCGACAAGUCUGACGGCAAGUACCGUCCGCCGAAGUUGGCGGCGGCGGCGUUGCCCACCACCGACAGCGGUAUUGACGAUGCUAAUGAGCCCAAGACCAAGAAGCUCCAGUCGAUGGAAGAAUACUUGCGCGAACAGCUGGACGCACCUCUGGUCGAGGCGCUGAUCGGGCUGACGAUCGUCGACCACGGGCGGGGCGGCGUCAAGACCGCGCACGACAAGCGGCGCGAACAGGAAAUCCAGGACUAUGAAGAGGCCAAUUUCACUCGGUUGCCGGAAAAGAAGACCCAGAAGAGCAAACACCACCAGCGCCGUGAUCAGAUGCACACGUUUGGCGGUGAGGAUUUUUCGAUUUUCAAUAACGACCGGCUGAUGCUGGAGGGGACGCUGAGAAAGCGCAAGGCGAUGUCGGCGUGGGACCGCGCCAAGCGGAGAAAGUAA